CUUUGUAUGUUUACAAACAUUGCUUACUAUACGAUAAAAAUAGUUGCAAAUUUGAACAGAAAGUUAAUAUAAGUAUAAACAAAGAAGUUUUUUUUAGUUGUAUCCAGAAGCCGUUAAUCGUUCCUAAAAAAAAAAAAAUAUUAAGUGUCUUUGGAGAGAUGUUAAGUUCAGCUUUUUGCAAUAUUUAAUCGGUUUUUAUCAGGUUAUGUUUUAUAUAAGCCAAUAUAUGAGAGAAUGGCUGAGCGGGGAGCAAAUGUCACGUCAUCUCUACAGAUAAAACCUUCAAUAUUUGAAUUGGUUGCCCAGGAAUCAUUGACCGAUGCUUUGUAUCCUGCGUAUAAAAGGAUUUGCACUUGGCUGGCAACCAAUUUCCCAGAAAAAUUAGGAUGGCUUGCCAGGUGGUUUGACGAACUUUAUUUGGCGUACAACGCUGGAGUCGAGCUCGACAGUUUGCUCAGCAACGCCGCGUCCUACUCGGAGCACUUCUACUCGCUCCGGAGGGUGAGCACGCGCGGGGACCGUGCCGGGAGGCUGAGCGCGGCCCAGCUGUGCUGGUCGCUGGCGAGCCUGUGUGCACUGCCGUACGCGCGGGGCAAGCUGGGGGCGACAGCGGGCCGCCGCUGGGGUCUCGCGGCCUCGACCCUCCUGCUGGAGGGGGCCUCCCUGGUGUGGCUCCUGGCCUAUCUGCGGGGGCGCGCCGCGGCCCACUCCCCGCUCCUCUCCGCCGCGGGGCUGGCCCUGCGCUACUCGGCUCCCGCGCCGGAGACCCCGCCGGUCCGGGGCGCCACUUCCUGGACCGCCGCCCCCCUGCUGCUGCUGUCCGUGCUGCGGGCGUACCGCCGCUGCGAGACGGCCGGGCUCUUCUUGCUGCAGUUCCUCCACGCCUGGGAGUCCGACCCGGGCCGGCCCCGUCUCGGCCGCCUGCCGGUACCGCCCCCGCCCCCUCGCCCGUCGGGAGAGGGCGGGAGAAGCAUAGCUGGGAAAUGUCCCGUGUGCCUGCUACGUCCGAGCGUACCUACCGUCCUGCCAGUCAGCGGUUACGUGUUCUGUUUCCGUUGUAUCACGGAACAUCUUUCUGCAACUUCGAGAUGUCCGGUAACCAAGCACCCUGCGUUGGCCACUGAUUUGAUCAGGCUGCAUGACCUGAACUCCUGAACUCUUCGAAGUUAACUGCACUAGACAAUUUGAUUUGUUGGUUACUCUUAUCACCAGCUCCAAAGCACGAGGUGCCUACAGGUUACGAAAGACGCAACUUGAACGGGUGGUCACAAGAAUCACGAAAAUAACAGUGCUGAAAGUUGUGAAACUUCAAUUUCCAGCAACCUUUCAUAACUUACAUUUUGUAUUCUGAUGCCUUACUUUAUUUUCUAGUUACAAAUUAAAUAUAAUUAGUUGUAGACUUCCUCUUAAAUCAUGCAGAAAUAAUCUCUGAAAAGGUUUAUUUUUCUAACAUAAAAAUUACUAUGUUCCUGUGUAAAGAAGAUAUAUUUCAUAUUAUUUUGUGGUAUGAAAAUUGUAAGUAAAUUUUAUUGAAAACUGGUUCACCUACUUGUACACUUCCUGAAGUCAUUGCAGACUGAACAUGCUCAAUUAUCAACAAUUACUAGAGAUGAAAAACUUUUAUCAAGUUUGCUAUAGAUGUUUUUAUUAAAAUAUUUUUUUUCCGUGGUGAGAAAACAUGUAAAAUACUAUUUUUUUUUUACAAAUUGUAAUAACUUUUUGUGAACUGUACCUGUAGUUGAUUUAUGUGAAGAUGUAUGUUAAAUAUUAAAAUAGUUUAUUAUUUU